AUGACUUAUGCCUGCCACCAAUCCCUUUUGCGAAGCGUUGAGAAGACGAGUCCGCCUCUGCCAAAGUUACAGACAUUGGUUCUGAGCCUGAUGAGUUUGAAUAUCCCCAAUCAGCUGCGCAUGCAAUAUACCCACUUAGGUCCCCAAUAUGCACCCGUAGAAGACACGGACGAGCUGGAUCCACAAGCUGACGCACUCGUCUCAUUGCAAUGGCAAAAUAUCAUCACUCGGCAGCUGCAUACAUCCUGGCAAGCCGGUCGCUUCCCAUCAGCCACACAUCUCCUCGUGGGCAAUCAGGACCCCGAAUCCAUCGCAGACUACUUACCGCCGUUUGGCCUCGAUAUCUUGCUUGGAGAGAUGGAAGUUACUCCAUUUGUUCCUGUCGACCACGAGUUGCGCUUCGACCACGGUCGGACCGGCAACGAGGCAGACCGUUAUAUCAAAACAGUAAUCUACCGUGCGAGGAACGGCCAGCUGAAGAUUCUAGACCGCAACGCAGCAGGAAUACAGCUCUGUACCAAUCGACUUUGGAAGACAAGUACGACUGGUAUCCGGGUCGUGAAGGAGACUAAAGAGAUGAGCAAGUACGAUCUUAAGUGGAUGGAGCCUAUGCAACAGAGCAUACCUCUCGACACUUUCUGCGAUAGAAUCAAAGCUGAGAACGGCAGAGGUGGUUUGAUGGUCGGAAACUAUCUUGGUUCUACUAUGAGCACCCUCCGCGGCGGAUGGAUCAAAAGCGGUAUUGUGGAGUGGUACAAUACGAUUAGUGACGCUACCUUGGACCGUCUUAGACAGACAGAAGAGCAGGCAUGA